AUGUUUUUAUAGUACUGUGUACAUACAUACAGAAGCUGUUAGUAUACCUAUAAUAAUAAAUAAAUAAAUAAAUUAAUUAAUUAGAACUCUCAUUGAUAAGUAUGUAUCUGGCACAUACUCAUAUUUAUAUGUCACAAUCGAGAGACGGGGAUCGCGAGAGGAUCUCUGGCCACCGUAAGCACGGGCCUGUAGACGGCGAGCACGGAACAAGCCCUGAAGGAGCCAUCAGACAACCACAGAUGGGGCCCAACAGGGCUGAUGCCGAUACGGAGUCGCGGAGAACCUAACGGGUAACCAGGGCUCCGGCUCGACGUGCAGGAGAAGGAACGGGGUGGUUUUUUGUCAGUAA